UCAGAAGCAAUAGAGAUGGAAGUCUAGAAGUCCAAAUGCUGUAUAACUGACUUUCUCACUCAGACAAUAGCCAUGACGGAACGACUACGGAUACUGGUCAUCGGAUCAGGUGGCCGCGAACAUGCUCUUGCAUGGAGGCUGGCCAGAUCCCCGUCGGUUGAUGUUGUCCAUGUGGCUCCUGGCAACGGAGGCACCCAAUCCGACAACAUUGUCAACGUAAAAAUCGCGGCCGAUGACUUCACAGACCUGGUCAAACAUGCGAAGACACACGGUCUCAACCUCGUAGUCGUCGGUCCAGAGGCCCCCUUGGUCGCUGGUGUCGAAGGUUUUUUUCGGGCUGCAGGCAUUCGUUGUUUCGGACCGAGCAAGCGUGCUGCCCAGAUGGAAGGAUCGAAGGCAUUUUCAAAGGAUUUCAUGCAGCGCCACGGUAUCCCAACGGCGGCAUUCCGCAAUUUCCAGGAGUACGAGCCCGCUCGCGAGUAUCUUGACUCUGUCAAUCAUGAUGUGGUGAUCAAAGCCGACGGUCUCGCUGCCGGAAAGGGUGUCAUCAUCCCGACUACGAAGGAGGAGGCCCAUGAAGCUCUAAGGAAGAUCAUGGUCGAACGUGAAUUUGGUUCGGCUGGCUCACAGGUCGUGAUCGAAGAGUUUCUGGAAGGCGAGGAAUUGAGCGUGCUAUCUUUUAGCGACGGCUACACAAUCAGAUCGCUGCCUCCUGCUCAGGACCACAAACGUGCAUUGGACGGAGACGAGGGGCCAAAUACAGGUGGAAUGGGCUGCUACGCGCCGACUCGAGUUGCCUCGAAAGAGUUGAUCGCUCAGGUCGACCGCGAGAUUGUCCAGCCUACUAUCGAUUCAAUGCGAAGAGAAGGAAUGCCGUUCGUCGGUAUGCUUUUCACUGGACUGAUGAUUACCAAGAAUGGGCCGAAAGUGCUGGAAUACAAUGUCAGGGGAGGUGACCCUGAGACGCAAACCUUGUUGCCAUUGUUAAGCGAAGAUACUGACCUCGCUAAAGUCAUGCUCGCUUGCACGGAGCAUUGGCUGGAUGGAGUCGACCUCAAGAUCGAGUCCAAGUUCGCUGCCACGGUCGUCGCCUGUGCCGAAGGUUACCCUGGCCCGUACGCGAAAAACAGACCGAUCACGGUACACAAAGUGGCGGAAGACGUGUUCGUAUUCCAUGCCGGGACGGCCAGGGAUGAGAAAGAGGUGGUAACUACGGGCGGACGUGUAAUUGCCUCUACGGCAACAGCAGCUACACUGGAAGAAGCCGUAGCCAAAGCUUACAAAGGGAUGGACUCGAUCAAGUUCCAGGGCAUGCACUUCAGAAAGGAUAUUGCUCACCGUGCGUUCAGCAGAAAGGAACAGGAGAAGGGUCCUGACGAUGCGUCACUGACAUAUGCAUCUGCUGGCGUUUCCAUCGAUGCAGGCAACGAUCUCGUCACUCGUAUCAAACCAGCCGUCAAGUCGACCUCACGCGCAGGCGCGGAUGCUAUUAUUGGCGGGUUCGGCGGAGGUUUCGAGCUUGCAAGAGCUGGAUAUAAUGAGAAAUCGCCCAUGCUGAUCGGCGCCAUCGACGGAGUCGGCACUAAGCUCAAGAUCGCUCAUGCCAUGAAUAUCCACGACACGGUGGGCAUUGACUUGGUUGCAAUGAAUGUCAACGACCUUCUUGUCCAGGGUGCGGAGCCACUAAUGUUCCUUGACUGCUACACAUGCAGCAUCUUGGAUGUCGACAUUGCGGCCAACUUCGUCAAGGGCGUUUGCGAGGGCUGCAGAAUUUCCAACUGCGCCCUUGUCGGAGGUGAGACUGCGGAAAUGCCAGGUCUCCUGGCCGGUACAGAGUAUGACGCCGUUGGUGCUGCAAUCGGAGCACUCGACACCCCAGCCGGGAAGAAGCUACUGCCAGACAUGCAAAGCAUGGUCGAGGGUGAUAUCCUGCUAGGUCUGGCAUCGAACGGUGUACAUUCCAAUGGCUUCUCUCUGGUUAGACGGGUCGUCGAGAAGAUGCACUUGGGCUUCUCGGACCAGGCGCCCUGGAACUCGGAAACUACGGUCGGUCAGUCGCUUCUGACGCCAACGCGAAUAUAUGUCGUACAAGUCCUCCAAGCGCUCAAACGCGACUUGAUCAAGGGCAUGGCCCACAUCACCGGCGGUGGCCUCCUUGAGAAUGUGCCUCGCAUGCUGCCGAACCAUUUGGCCGCUGAGAUCGAUGUGGCUUCGUGGGACCGGCCUGCAGUCUUUAAGUGGCUUCAGAAAGCUGGCAACGUCAGCAGCGAAGAGAUGAGUCGAACGUUCAAUAACGGGGUCGGCAUGGUUCUCGUGGUUUCCAGCGUGGCUGCUGGAGAGGUCAAGAAGAUCCUAGAAGGAGAAGGCGAGACUGUGCACAGGAUCGGAAAGCUCGUCAGCAAAGAUGGCAAAGAGGGUUGCAUCCUGAACAAUCUGGAGUCGUGGAAGUCCUCAUGAGAACUGGUCUGUCAGCAUGAAUAACAGGUUCGAGUCGCAUUGUUGCUGAAGCCCGGCGAUGAUGCAGUUUGUGAUGCCGGCUUGAGGGGGCAUAAUGUCAAUUGUUGCUUCUACUGGGUUCAGGUGAAUGCCAUUCUUGUUGUC